AUGGCAAACAAUGAGCUUGAAACCACAAUUGCGUUGCACUCUUUGAGAGCUCCAUUGGAUCCUUUUCCCAUAACACCCCAAGAAAAAUUCUUGAAUGAUAUGCGGGUGAGGUAUCGCACCUAUUACCUUGAGUCCAAUGUUAACUAUGGUGCUGUUAAGCUUCCAAGGAUGUUUGCCGAAGAUUUCGGAGAAGAGUUGUGUCGUGUUGCCACCUUGGUUGAUGCGAGGGAUAAUCAGAUGGAGGUUUUGGUUGAUAAGAUCGAUGAGGACGUGUAUUUCACGCGUGGUUGGGCUUCCGUGAAGAAUUUUUACAAUAUACGAACUGGUGCUUGGGUCGUGCUAAUUUAUUCGGGAUUUGGUCACUUCGGCAUUACCAUACAUGAUAGGCUUCAAUAUCCGGUUUUAGUCCCCACAUUUGAACCACCGUUGAAAUUGGUGAUCGAUAAGAUAGAUGUCCUUCCCCAAUUCGUUGAUGAUUUGUCCGAGGAUCUACAUGACCUCUCUUAUGCACAUGAUGAGCAUUUUUUUGACGUUUCAUUUGAAAAGACAUUGACUUAUUUUGACGUGUCCAACGGUUAUUUGAUGUUGCCAUAUCAUGGGUUCGGGGAGUAUGCUUUCCAUGAAGGAAGUACCUCCAUCAAGUUGGUUGAUGAUUAUGGAAAUGCUUGGUUUUGCAGUUUGAUAUGUGUGACAUUCCCAUGUAAGCAUUACAGAGUUGGUGGACAGUGGAGUAGGUUGGUCGCUGCACGGAGGUUAACUGCUGGUUCAGUCGUCACAGUUGGUUCUCAGCCAGAUGCUAACAACGAAACUCUUUAUCUCAUUUUGGAUCCUUAG